AUGAAACGAGAAAGACCAGACUCGGUGGAUCCAGAGCCAGGGACGUCCAAACCAGCAAGAAGACACCAGUGCUCCCACUGUGGAAAGGGUUGUAACCGGUUUUGGGACCUGAAACAACAUGAGAAAAUACACACAGGGGAGAAGUCUUACCACUGCUCCCAGUGUGGAAAUAGUUUUAAAGAUUUAGUGAACCUGAAACAACAUGAGAAGCCUUAUCACUGCUCCCAGUGUGGAAAGUGUUUCAGCCAGUCAUUGGACCUGAAACGGCAUGAGAGAAUUCACACAGGGGAGAAGCAUUUCCACUGCUCCCAGUGUGGGAAGUGUUUCAGCCAGUCAUCGGACCUGAAACGGCAUGAGAAAAUCCACACAGGGGAGAAGCCUUACCACUGCUCCCAGUGUGGCAAGUGUUUUAACCGGGUAGGGAACCUGAAACAACAUGAGAAAAUUCACACAGGGGAGAAGCCUUUCCACUGCUCCCAGUGUGCAAAGUGUUUCAGCCAGUCAUUGGACCUGAAACGGCACGAGAGAAUUCACACAGGGGAGAAGCCUUUCCACUGCUCUCUGUGUGGCAAGUGUUUCACCCAGUUAGGGAAUCUGAAACAGCACGAGCUAGUACACACAGGGGAGAAGCCUUUCCACUGCUCCCUGUGUGGCAAGUGUUUCACCCAGUUAGGGAAUCUGAAACAGCAUGAGCUAGUACACACAGGGGAGAAGCCUUUCCACUGCUCCCAGUGUGGCAAGUGUUUCAACCGGUCAGGACAACUGAAAGUUCAUGAGCUUGUACACACAGGGGAGAAGCCGUACCACUGCUCCCAGUGUGGCAAGUGUUUCAAACAUUCGGGGGAUCUGAAAAAACACAAAAGAAUACACACAAGGGAGAAUCCUUACCACUCCUCCCAGUGUGCAAAGCAUUUGCCCAUUUAGGAAGCCUGAAAGAACAUGAGACACAGAGGAGAAGGCUUACAGAAGAUUAGAUUUUAGAAAACAUAUUACUUCUAACAAUCACUUAAACAUCAUUAGAGAAUCCACACAGGAGAGAGAAAUUACUUCUCUUAGCGUGUAUAUUGAUAUUUCACAUCUCAUUUUUCUUACAAUUCAUCAGAGAACAUACACAGUGCUCCCAUUGUCUUAUAUUGUUGACUGAUAAUGUGUUUACCUGUUUUUACCAGAUGAAAUUGCUUCUUCCAAUUAUUGAUAAACAUGUACCUGUUAAGAAACUGACUGUUAGAUAUGUUCAGGCUCCAUGGAUUGAUGAGUAAUUUAAAAACUGUAUGUUUGAAAGAGUUGGGGCAAAAGGGGUGGCUAAUAAGUCUGGCUGCACAUCUGGCUGGCUUACAUACUGCAAAUUGAGAAAUUAUGUGACCAAACUCAACAAAAAUAAUCAACUUUAUUAUGAAGCCAAGAUCAAUUAUAUAAAG